UGUUGACAAGAUCUCUCUCAUUUCCUUUGCGCCUUCUCGACGUUCUUCUUUCGUCUUCGUUCCUCGAGUUCUCGGCACCCUUUCUAUUCAAGUCUCUUCGAAAAAUAAAAUGCCGCGAACUUCCACGACUUUUCACGGGAGGGUCACAGUGUGCUGGGGUGUGUAGUAGAGUUCAGCAUGCGCACUGUUGCCCCGACACGAAAAAAAGAGCGAAAACGGUGUCUUUUUUUCUCUGUCAAAGAUGCCGAGGAACGGAAAGUGUGGCUCUUUCUGCUGUUUGUCACUUUGAGAAAUCUUCAGUUCGAACGCCGGUUCUCUUUUGUUUCUCGAGAUUUGUUUUUUUCUCCAGGAUUUCUCUUGCCUGUCGAGUUGCCCGACGGGCUUCUCCUCGGCGGGUGUGACCCCUCUCGUCCUCUCCUCGCUUUUUUCUUCUCUCCGCUGUUUCUUUGUCUCUCUUGUCUCUUGGCUUCCUGUCGCACUCGAACGCCCUUGUCCUUGACACACACACACUUCUUCCUUCUUGCGUUUUUCCACCCGUCAUCACGUUUCUCCUCCCGCGCCUUCUUCCUCCGUAACUUCUCCUUGCUCUUUUCUCCCCCCUCUCUGUCCGUCCUCUCUUUUCCCAAGAUGGACGUGGAAGUGACCGAAGAGGCGCAGUCCAGGAUUUGUCGCUUCAGCAGUCUCAACCACAAGUUCGUGGACCUCGAGUCGCGCAUCGAGAAACUCACGGAUGCCUUGAGAACUCUCAGAGAUGCUCAAGAGGAGGCGAUGAUCGUCGUCGACCCAAGUGACAUCAUGCUGAAAAUCGGCGAGUGCUUUGCAUCCGCGGACUCCGACACGAUUGAGGAGGAGCUCGAUAGGCAGAUUGCUGCGAAAGAAGCGGUGCUGGCAGAGUGCAGAGACGAACUGGAGGCGACGAAGAAGGAAAUGACUGAGCUGAAGACGAAACUCUACGGGGAGUUCGGAGACAGAAUCAAUCUGGACAAAGGUGUGCGUCUUGGGCCGCCCCAGAGAGAAGAAGGGAAGAAGGAGACAGGCCUUCGUCCAAACACAAGAGCGUGCCAACAAGAGAGAGAGAGCGACAUAGGAAGAAAAGAACGACAAAAGAGAGAGUGCGACAAGAUAGAGAGAGAGACUAGUCCGUAAGCGAACUGGAGUGACGGCGAGAGAGAGAGAUAGAUCGUUCUCGACCGCUUGUAUAGCAAAGCAACGGCCUUUUUUCAGGUCGCAGAGGCGCAGCUGGUGACGGCGGAGACGACAGUGGGGGUGGACCGAAGAUGCGUAACGAGGGAGAGGGAUGGAUGGCAAAUAUGGCGAAGCAUCGCCUCUCUCAUUUCAAGUGCGUUGGAAGAAGGAGAAGCGAGAGGGGAUCGAAGAUGCGAAAGCUCUUCCUCACUGUAUCAGCCGUCUCCGGAGAGACGUCCCAUGGUGGGCAUCCCUUCAGGGGACUCUUUGGCCGGUGUCUCUGAGCUUGGGCGGCAAUGGCGUUUUGCGUUUCGCUAGGACCUAGGAUGCUGAAUAUGACUGCAAGUCAUGCGAAAGAGAACUCGUGUUUCUGCAUUCAUUUAUGUCUUUUCGGAAUUCGCGUCAUCCCUGGAGUUUUUGUUCGGCUUCCCUGGUGCCUCGUAGUUCUCUGUUUUCUCCGCGUUUCUCGCAGCGGUGCCGCGUUCCUCAGGUUCCCGGUUUCGCUGCAAACGCUGGUGGUGUCUCGCCUUCGCGUUUCGGACUUCCUUUCUUUUCUUUUAGCGAGUCCCGCUGUGUUGCGCUGGAGCCUGGACGGUCUCCGGGUCUCUCCGCCGCUCCACGACACACUUCGUAUCCAGAAGAAAACAUCGCGAAUCACCAGAUCCGUUGAUCAAGAGGCUUAAACGCGACGCACACUGGCAAACGGAACGUUGCAGCGUUAAACGGUCCUUCCACGGUUGUGAUGUUGUUUCGAAUCCUUGAACCUCCUCGCCGGCUCACUGAGGCUUGUCGCCGGUACGCUGUUCGUCUCUUCAAGGCUCACGACAAGGUCGCCGGAAGAGGAGGAAGAGACACAAAUGACAGGGGGCAGUCUGAAAUGUCCGGUUUCCUCGAGCGCGGUAUGGUAGCAACGUUAAUCCCGAGAAAGAUGCGAUAGGAGGCCGCAGAGGAGCACAGGCAGAAGAGGAAAGGCAGGAAGCAACGAGGAUCGGACGGAGGGG